AUGUCGCUCCUCGAAACAGUCCAGCUCGAACACCUCCCUCCCGGCUACGACAUCAGCCUCGCUCUCUUCCGAAAUGUGAAGAAUUCAGCCUUCCUACAUGAGCAGCUACUUGCCGGAAACACGGAGUUUGAGUAUGCUUUGAUCGAUGCCAGCGUGCUUGUGUCCCGGGUUCAUGCUCUAGCCGCCGUUUAUCGAGCGGUGAGCGACCUGCUGGGGGGCAGGUUGAGAAGUCGGAAUGUCCAUUCUGAGAUUGUGUUCUCUUUAAGUCCGAAUAACAAUAUUGCAGAGUCAUUCCGUCGCUUUGGCAUAACACCAGCUACUACCUCUCUCCUAGUCAUCAAAGUAUCUCUCCCGCCAAGUUCGACAACAGAUACCUCUACAGCCUCGCCGCUCUCCUCGCCCGACAUUCAAGCACAUCUCGCCGCCAACAUCGAAGGCGAUUCUCUUCCUUUCACUGAUGCUUCCAUAGCAUCUCUCACCGACGUGGCAAGGAUCAAGAAGAUCUACAAGCUAAACAGUGGUGGUGGAGCGAAGAAGACAAAGGGAGCUGUCAAUGGAGCAGGAAUCCAUGGUGGUAAUGAAGAUGGGAACAAUCAAGACGAGGUGCAUGAAUUAGAAGUUGCUGUACUAGGCGCUAUGGCAUUAAGAGGUUCUAAUAAUUGA